CUGCGCAGGAAUUCGGCCUGCUCUGCCUCCUUUCGUUUCUCUCGGCCCAGGUUAGACUAAUUUACUAGAUCAUGUUAUGCCGUACAGCCCACUCAUGGAAUGGCUUAGCGCAGGCGGGCUGUCAAUCCCUCAUGGCCCCCUGGACCGAUUCCCUGCAUGUGCAGAUGCCCUGCCAUGAACCCCAAGCUGACCCGGGGAUUCGUUUCCACGCAUUCUUUGAACAUUAUGAGAACCGCCUGUCCUCCACACGCAGCUGCGUUCAAGAUUUCUCGGCGUCCGAUGGUUCUUCAACACCCUCUUGUCCUCUCCGCCCUCCUCCAUCUCUCAACACACCAUGGAAUCAUCCACCCCUAAGGAAGUCGGGCUUAAUGGCGACCAGCGUUCGGUUCUCCGGGCGUUGGUGAUUGUCAUGCUGGUUAUUCCGACAGUUGCAGUCCUUCUACGGUUUUGGUCCAGAGCGAUGUUGCCAGGGUUCUCCAGUACGCCGGUUCGAUUUUGGUGGGAUGACUGGACUGCUCUCAUAGCUGCGAUGCUCAAUGUAGCUAUGUGCGGCAUCGGUCUCAAACUGGCGGAUCUAGGAGUUGGGCUACAUAUGACCGACGUGUCCGCGACGGAUUUCGUCACCAUCAUGAAACUGCUUUGGGCGAUAUUUUUUAUCUUUGACACGGGCACGUCAGUCGCUAGAGCCUCCGCUCUUCUAUUCUACACACGAGUCUUCGACCAGAUUCAAUCCCGAUUUCGGUAUGCCUUGUGGAUCAUUCAUGGCUUGAACAUUGCCUGGAUGAUUGGCAUGCACGUCGUCGUCGCUUUACAGUGCACUCCGAUAGAAAGACUCUGGUAUCCGAUGCUUCCUGGAAAGUGUAUCCCUGUGCGCACGCUCCUCAUAGGCAGCGGAAUCCCUAGUUUAAUCAUCAACGCCAUGAUUUUGAUCCUGCCGCUGCCCUUGCUCUGGCGACUGAAGAUGAAGAUGUCUCGAAAACUGCUGAUUAUCGGCGUCUUUCUCUGCGGAUAUUUGGUUGUCGUGGUGUCCAUCGGACGACUCGUCACUGUCGUUGACGUUGGCCCCAAUCUUGAAAAAGACUUCACCUGGGAGUUCAUGCAACCAACCUUCUGGCUAUCUUCCGAAAUCGCCAUCUCCGUGGUCAGCGUCUGUCUACCCAGCAUCUUCGUCUUUGGCCGACUCAUAGCCCACGAAGGAUUCGGCUCGGUAGUGGUUAAAAAUCUCUCACCACGCUCGAAAUCGAGGCUCGGCGACUCCGAUAUUGGACGAUCAUACUUUAGUCGGAUGGGUCGGGGAGACGAGGAAGCGGAACUCGACAUGAAAUUGUUUGAAUCGUCGCCGCAAAAGCCUCCGUUCGCCGCGACAGCCGCUCAGUCAAAAGUGACUGCCUACAGGGAAUCGCCACAACUCCCUCUGCCCGGGCAAGACUUCCUGAAGCUACCGGAACUGGGGAUUAUGGUGCGGAGUGAAAUCACAGUGUCAUAGAGCGGGUGGUUGAAUCUGGCAUUCACAAAGGGUUAUACAUAGACGCCAGGAGCCCACCCUGCAUACUCGACUUCUAUUUUCUUUAUUUUUUUGUACAUAGAAUUAC